AUGAUGGCUGCGGAUGCUGCUCCCCGCCGCAUCCUGCAUCCCGUCGUCGCCCUCUUCCUCCUCCUCCUAUCGGGGGUUGCAGCUCCCGUCGCGGCUCUGCUCGGCGUCAGGCCCGAGGACACCCAAAGCGGCGAGCUGUCCGUGCAGGACGGCGUCCUGAGAGCCACAGAGGGGACUCGCUUCGUGUUGCGGGUUUACUACGCGGAGCAUCCCCGCGUGAACCGCAGCGGGGCGGCCGACGUGGCUGCCGCUGCACCGUGGAUCGCCUUCAUCGAGGAAACGGAGCGGGAUGCUGCUCGCCCCAGAGGGAACCCGUGCGAGGAGGAGAGCGCCCGCAGUUCUGACAUCGAGCUGCUGGGCUCGUUCAAAUCCGCCUCCAGCCACAACUCGGUUCUCGUGGAGCUCCUCGCCAAGCACCUGCGCAGAGGCGAGACGGUCAAGUACUACUCCAUGUGCGCCUUCGACGGCGUCAAAUGGGAACACUUCGCCACCAGAGACUUUUGGCUGGCGGUGGUGGAGAGACCCGCCGAGGCGGAUGCGUGGCUGCAAGCCGGCGUGUCGGUGCUGUUGCUGGGACUCUCCGCGCUGUGCAGCGGGCUCAACAUCAGCAUGUUGGCGCUGGACCCAGUGGAGCUGCGGGUGCUGCAGAACAGCGGCACAGAGAAGGAGCAGAAAUACGCACGCAAGAUUGAGUCCGUGCGUAAACACGGCAACUACAUCCUGUGCACCGUGGUGCUGGGUAACGUCCUCACCAACACUUGCUUCGUGGUCUGGAUGUGUCAGAUUUUAGGAAUGACCGCCCUUUCCACCGCAUCCUGCACUUUGGGAAUUUUCUUCAUAGGGGAGAUCCUGCCUCAUUCGGUGGCGUCCCGGCACAGCCUCGCCAUCGCGUCCAAGACUCUGUGCGCCACUCGGCUCCUCAUGCUCCUCUUCCUGCCCAUUGCCUACCCGGUCUCCAAGAUCCUGGACUUCCUUCUCCACCAGGAGAUCUCCAGCUUCUACACUCGGGAGAAGCUGGUGGCCAUGCUGCGGGUCACCGACCCGUACCACGACCUGGUCAAGGAGGAGCUCAACAUCAUCCAAGGGGCUCUGGAGCUGAGGACCAAGACGGUGGAGGACGUGCUGACCCCUCUGUCCGACUGCUACAUGCUGUCCUCGGACGCCGCGCUGGACUUCGGCACCGUGUCCGACGUGAUGCAGAGCGGCUUCACGAGGAUCCCGGUGUACGAGAAUGAGCGCUCCAACAUCGUGGACAUCCUGUUCGUGAAAGACCUGGCCUUCGUGGACCCGGACGACUGCACUCCGCUCAAGACCAUCACCGAAUUCUACAAGCGGCCCAUGCACUGCGUGUUCAACGACACCAAGCUGGACGUGAUGCUGGAGGAAUUCAAAAGAGGAAAAUCCCACCUGGCUGUGGUGCAGCGGGUCAACAACGAGGGCGAGGGUGACCCCUUCUACGAGGUGAUGGGCAUCGUCACCCUGGAGGACGUCAUUGAAGAAAUCAUCAAGUCUGAGAUUGUGGAUGAGACAGAUCUUUAUACGGAUAAUCGGAGCAAAAGGCGGGUAUCGCACAAUGAAAGAAAACAGCAGGACUUUUCCAUCUUCAAAGUGAGAGAAAAUGAGCUGAAUGUAAAGAUCUCACCACAAUUGUUGCUGGCGACGCAUCGCUUCUUGGCCACAGAGGUGGAGCCGUUCAGGCCGUGUCACCUGUCAGAGAAGAUCCUGCUCCGUCUCAUCAAACAUCCCAACGUGGUGCAAGAGCUCAAGUUCAACCCCAAGAACAAACACGCUGCUCAACAUUACCUCUUCCAGAGGAACAAACCCGUCGAUUACUUUGUCCUCAUCCUGCAGGGACGGGUGGAAGUAGAAAUCGGAAAGGAGGCCCUCCGCUUUGAAAACGGCGCAUUUUCCUACUACGGGAUGCCGGCUCUCAUCCCACCCCUGCCGAUCGGUCAGCGGUACAACUCUCGAAGCAGCGGGCUGAACCAAUCAGACUCGCUCCUGAGUGGCUCCAGUAUUGGUCAGCUCUCUGCGGGAGGGCUCUACUUACCGGACUACUCGGUCCGACAGCUUACAGAUCUGCAGAUCAUCAAGAUCAUCAGGACGCACUACCAGAACGCCCUGUCGGCCACGCGGAUGGACAGCUCCCCCCAGACACCGGACCCGGUGGAGGCGGACGCUAAAGGGAGGCCGCCAGUUGCAGAGGCCCGCUCCCACAGCAUCGCCCUCCCCCUCACCAGCGCCCACACCCGCCUGGGACUGGCACGCCUCGCCCAGCUGCACCCCCACGUGGGCCUGCGCAACACCUCCUGGCUCAAUGAGAGAAAUCGUAUCGUUCGUAGCAAAUCUGAUGGCCAGCGAAGUCCAAACGACACCGUGUUCCUCCGUAUGGAUGAGAUUCCCUACAUCCAAGAGGAUCGACCAGAGAAUUAUGGAGAAAACGACGUGCCUACAGACUCUCAGCCAUCCACCUCUCCUUACAUCAGUUCUCGCUCCCUGUCUAGCUCGGAGGAGAAUCUCGGGAAGAAGCUCCUACGCAAAUUGAGUAACAAGCGGAGGAAAAAGUCUCGGGAUGGGGAGAGGAGCUUAGAGGAAGAUCUGGAGCAGCCUCCGGUGACAAGCUAG